AUGACGCAAAGCCCGCUGCGCCACCUCGAGUUUACCGAGUUCACGGACGUCCGCUUCGGGUCCCAGGCCGGGCCGUUCGACGUCACGAUGGCCACUGUCCGCGGCAACAUGCCGUUGCAAUUGUGGCUGCGGUGUGCCAACACUGAUGCGAAAUGGGAAUGCACGGUGCAGGACACUGCCGUCGCUGCGACGGGCAUCGUGUUUGUUUGGGACAACUCGAGCGUGAUCCAUGCACUAGCAGCGGCGCUCAAGUGCAGUCGACGAGAGCCGCUGCCAACCGUGGAGAAGGUGGGCGAGUUGGAUCUGGAAUGGAACGGCUCGAACGAGCCGGCCAUCGUGCUAACCAUCGACCGUGGCUCCGCCCUCGAAUCCACGUACACAUUUCGGUUCGUGCGAUCGGCAGUGGCGCCCAUCGCCGUCUUGCAAGCCACCGUAGAUAAACUGGAGCGGGAAAACCACGUCCUCCACCGCGCACUCGCGUCGCCGACGUCUCCGAUCUCGGUCGUUGUUACGUCGAAAGCCAAAGUGCCCCGCGACACGUUCUUGACGUGGACCGUCAGUGGAUGGCUUGAUCCAUCCCAGUUCGCGUUGACGACCCUCAUGGACGCCGUGAUGAUGGUCCACCCUGGAAAGUAUUGCAUCUCUGUCCGCGGUCAGUUUGAUCACCGCCAUGGACACAACGCAAUCGUGCUGUUUCUCAACGGCGUCGCAGUCAUGGCGUCCCCUGGAAACAAGGCCGUGGAUACCGUCGACAUUGCUCAUGUGGUCGACGUGCCAGCGAACGCCUGCGUCCAAGUGCUACACCGAGGAGGCUCCGACUUGAAUGCCGGGGCCACGUUGGCGUUGUACUGGCUCGCCGCUUCGGAGCGUUGCGCUUGA